CACCAUGGCUUCUUCUCUGGAGGACGAGCUCUCCUGUGCGGUGUGCUGUGAGAUCUUUCGGGAUCCUCAGAUGCUCCUCUGUGGUCACACCUUCUGCCGCCAGUGCAUCGAUCACCAGCCAAACCUCCAGGUUCCGGUCAGCCGAACCUGCCCGGUGUGUCUGCGCAGCACCCACCAGAACCCCGUGUCCAACCUGGUCCUGAAGAGCACCUGCGAGUCCUACAAGAAGGAGAAGGACAGGAGGAGAACCGAGGAGGAGGACUAUGGAGGGGUCCCGUGUCCACGCCAUGGACUGAAGAUCAGGUUCUUCUGUAAGAGUGACCGGGAGCUGAUCUGUAAGGAGUGCAGGAACCAGGAGCACCGAGCCCACAAGGUUCAGCCUCUAACUCAGGCUGUACAGCAGCACAAGGAUCAGAUCCGAGCUGCUCUUCUUCCGGCUGAGAAAGCUCUGGAGUCUCUGAGGAAGGGUUCAGCCCUGGAGUGUAGAGUCACCAAAUACAUCAAGUCUCAGGCCGAGCAGGCAGAGAAGCAGAUCAUGGCGGAGUUCGAGAAGCUUCACCAGUUCCUCAGAGUGGAGCAGGAGGUGAGGAGGAGCGAACUGAGGGUGGAGGAGCAGCAGAAGCGAGAAAAGCAGGAGGAACUGGUUAAAUGGGAACUCCAGGCUCUCUCUGACAGGGUGAUGGGUGUGGAGGAAGAGCUCCAGAAUGAUGACGUCACGUUCCUGAGGAAUUUCAACGACAUUCUGUUGAGGGCUCAGUAUCGGCCACAUCCACACCUCGAUCCGGCAUCUCUGAUCGACGUGGUUAAACACAUGGGGAACCUGAGAUACAACGUCUGGGAGAAAAUGAAGGACGUCUGUCCCUGCUACCCCGUGAUCCUGGACCCCAACUCGGCUCCGCCCCAGAUGUCAGUGUCCGGCGAGCUGACGGCGGUGAGGCGCUCGGCCUGGAGGUUCUACUCCCCCAACCCACUGCAGGAAAAAGGUGACGACUUCAGGGUGUUGGGUUCGAUAGCCCAAAACUUCAACUUCGACUGCUGGGACGUAGAGGUGGGAGACAACAAGUCCUGGAAGCUCGGGGUUUAUCGGCGCUCACUCGGAUGGAACAACGUGGUAGAAUGUUCGAUGUGGGGUCUGUGCAGGACCGGGGAUCUGUUCUACGCCGAGGUUCCAGGAAGCACACUGCUACAGGUGAACAGCCCGCCCAAAACCGUACGGAUGAAGCUGGUACCGCGCAAGAACGACAACACACUUUACUGGUCGCUGUCGAUUUCGGAUGCUAGCAGAGUUUGGGUGUUGUGUCGUUUUAACAAAAUACCCUUCGGGACGGAUUUGUGUCCCUUCCUGACCUCGCAGGAGAAAGAAACACCCCUGAGCAUCGUCCCCGUGAAGGUAAACAUCACCCCCGAGAAGGAAUUGACAUUUCUAGAGAGAAGAGUAGAUUAUGGCACUCUGGCGCGCUCUAGUGGCAGAACAAACAUAACAAGUACACUGAGUUUUGUCAAAUGA